GUGGGCGCCGCCGCCGGCAUUGCCCCGAUCCCGGCGGGAAACGGGAGCAGCAGGAGGAGAACGAGGAGGUAGGCGGGGGUCGCCCCACUAAGCCAGGCAGGAUGGAUAAGUACGACGACCUGGGUCUGGAAGCCAGCAAGUUCAUCGAGGACCUCAACAUGUACGAGGCCUCCAAGGACGGUCUCUUUCGGGUGGACAAAGCUGCCGGCAACAACCCCGAGUUCGAGGAGACCAGGCGGGUCUUCGCCACGAAGAUGGCCAAGAUCCACCUCCAGCAGCAGCAGCAGCAGCAGCAGGAGGAGAUGCUGAUGGCCGCGAUGAACGGAGGGGCUGCCGCCUUCCACGCCGCCCGGCCCAGCCCGCCGGUGCCGCGGGGGGCCAAGCCACCCCCCGCCGCCGAGGGGCCCCGGGCGAGGCCCCACGAGGGAGGGGAGCGCGGCUUCGGAGAGAGCGGGACACGUGCCGAGGCCGCCGGGAGCCAGGCCGGGCGCCGGGGCUGGGAAGCGGAGCCCGACAGGAUGCCCAGAGCGGGGUGCUCGCAGCCUGGCGCGGGGCGCGGGGAGCAGCAGCCCGGGAGCCCCGGGCAGCAGAACGGCGGCGAGGGCCGGAGAGGUGCUGGGGGCCGUGACCCGACCCCAGCCGGGCAGAGAUCCUCCUCCUUCUCGAACGCCCGCACCGCCCCGGCACCCUCGGCAGGGCCAGAGGAGGCCGUGCCACAGCCGCGGUCUUCGUCCUUCUCGACGCCCUCGGUGCAGCCCGCCCGGGGGUUUUCAUGCCCCGCUGAGCCCUGUGGUCCCAAAGCCGGAGGAGACGGCAAGCAGCUGUGGUACCAGGGUGUCUCGCUGCCCUACCCGCCAAGCUCCGCACCCGCUGCCCCCAGCGCGGACUACCAGCACUCCGCUGCCUACCCCAGCCCAGGGGGCCACUUCGUGGCCCACGGGCAGAAUCACAAGCCCAAUGGCAGCGGCGUGAACCCAGAGCCGGGCUCCUCACGCCUGGCCUCGCGGGGGCUGGCGGCUCCAAAUGCUCCACAGCCGCUUUGUCCGGAGGGAGUGAGCGGGCCACGGUCAGACUCCGGGCACCUGGAUGGCUCCAGCGCAGCAAAGGUGAAGCUGCCCUGCCAGACCCUUCUUCCACAGCCAGAGCAGGGGCCGUCGGCAGCCGAGCUGAAGCUGGAGGCACUGACCCAGCGCCUGGAGCAGGAGAUGGAUGCUCGGCCAAAGGCCGAUUACUUUGGCACCUGUGUGAAGUGCAGCAAAGGGGUGUAUGGAGCAAACCAGGCUUGCCAGGCCAUGGGCAACCUCUACCAUGACAGCUGCUUCACCUGCGGAGCCUGCAGUCGAAAGCUGAGAGGAAAAGCCUUUUAUUUUGUCAAUGGCAAGGUGUUCUGUGAAGAAGAUUUCCUGUAUUCUGGUUUCCAGCAGUCAGCUGACAGGUGUUUCAUUUGUGGUCAUUUGAUAAUGGACAUGAUCCUGCAGGCUCUAGGGAAAUCGUAUCAUCCAGGCUGCUUCCGAUGCGUGGUCUGCAAUGAGUGUCUGGAUGGUGUGCCAUUCACUGUAGACUCUGAAAACAAAAUCUACUGUGUCAGAGAUUACCACAAAGUUUUAGCUCCAAAGUGUGCAGCGUGUGGACUUCCCAUUCUGCCCUCCGAGGGGUCUGAUGAGACCAUUCGGGUUGUGUCCAUGGACAAGGAUUACCACGUGGAAUGUUAUCACUGCGAGGACUGUGGGAUGGAACUGAACGACGAGGACGGGCAUCGCUGUUACCCACUAGAUGAACAUUUGCUUUGUCACUCCUGUCAUCUGAAACACAUAGAGAAUGGCACAACCCCAGCAGCUGCCUACCAGCACCACUACUAACCAGCGUGGCCGACAUCGGAAAGCCGGGACAGAAGACUUGUUACAUGAUCUCCCUCUCCCUGCUCUCAGUUGAUUUCCUGUGCAUGUUUUUCGCCAGUCGGCAAAGUUUCUGUAAAAGGAUAUGAGAGAUUUUUGCUGGAUUCCCAGAGUUUUAUAUGCUUGUGGAUUCCAGCUGUAUCAAACCGUGUCCACUUGACCAAGAAUGUGGCGUGUUAUCUAAACUGAUACUUUUACAUGCCUUUUUCUGCUGCCUGGAGAUUCCUCUCGGCUCAUUUUGGAAGAUUCUUCAGUGAAAGCACAAUUUGCUGUCGUGCCUAUAAACUCAGAUCAUGUCAUGCGCAAUUAAAAAGCCAGAGGCUGGCUCGUCUGCCUGCCUGCCAGGGACAUCCUGUCAGUCUGCUGUUUCCUGACAAGCACAUUUCAUCAGGUUCCCUGAAGGACAUCAACGUAUUAUUACCAGUUUUUAGACAGUCUCUUCUCUUUUUAUUAAUUCUUUAGGAAAAGAAAACAAAGGGGUCUGUGCAAAAUGGCACACUCAGACCUUUCUGUCAAUUCCCUGAACUCCAGUACCAAGUCUGGCUGUAAAAGCACCAACUUUCUGAGCACAAACCAGGCAUACUUUCUAGCAGCUGGAGGCCGACAUCCCAUUUCAAACAGAACAAAAAACUGGAACAAGCUAGGCUAAGCUACUGCAAUGACUUGGGGCCCAGGCUUGUGUGUCAGCACGACACACAGGGGCCAGUCUGCUGGGUCAGAGUCUGAAUAGUGGAUCAUAUUUGGAAAGGAAAGGUCGGGAUGCUGAAAAUGUGGACAUAGGGGAAAUCCAUCCUCAUUCUUGCUUGCAGAGCUUGCUUUGAAAAAAAAGCUCUCUGUACAGACACUUGCCUGGGUUUUCCAGUUUGUCCCCACAGCUCAGCCCUCAGCCUGGCCACUCCUUUCCAUGGUGUUUACCCAGCACAAAGCCAUUUCAUAAUGGUGCUUAUUUAGAGCUCGGGGAGCAAACUUGAGAUUGUUAUGAAGGCUUUGUUACACAGGGAUUUGGAGCCCAGCUCCACAACCUGAACUCAGUAUAUUGGUAUAAACAGAUUUGCUCCCAUGAAUAAUAACAGCUUAUCUGAGCAAGGGGUUAGCGAGUUUGGCCCUUACUUUCCAUUCUGCUGAGAAAGCAGAAAGACAAAUCAUUUCUUUUUUGAGUCCCUCCCUGCUUUAUAGUCAAAGAGAUCUGCUCCCCCACUGUAUGUUACAUGUAUGAUAGGUGUGCCUGCAGUGCAUGUUCUGUACCUACCAAAGCUGUGCAGCCCCUCGUGUACAGGUACAAAGUUUUUGUUUAAGAAAAAUCUCCUAAUUUGGGGAUCUUAGCUACUAUUUCCCACAUUUGGUGUGGAAAACUACGAAAAUCCUCAUGUAUCUGUGCUAAAGAUGUAAAUUUGGUUCUGACUAGCAGAGGAUGGGAUGACAUUCUUGAAGAUCUUUUUGGUGAGGAAACUACAAUAAAUUAGCUGAGCAGUGGCACCGAGACUCACAAAAAGUGUCCGUGCCGAGAUCCCACUACGGUUCAACCAGACCUCUUUUCCAGUAGCGUGGAUGUAGCUUGGACUUCA